AAGUACGUCACCUUCCUCUUCCGCCGCGGCUCAGGCGCCUGGAACACGAGUGUUAAUCUUUUCUCUCUUAGCGGGAGGCGUAGUGAAUAUACUGGACCGAGUGGCAGCACCUAGCUGAGAAAAAUGAAACCCAUCCUGCUCCAGGGCCAUGAGAGGUCCAUCACUCAAAUCAAGUACAACAGAGAAGGAGACCUGCUCUUCUCUGUAGCUAAAGACACGGUAGCCAACGUGUGGUACUCUGUCAAUGGCGAGAGGCUUGGCACCUACAAUGGACACACAGGAGCUGUGUGGUGUGUUGACUGUGACUGGGACACUAAAAACGUAUUGACGGGAUCAGCAGACAACAGCUGUCGACUGUGGGACUGUGAGACCGGUAAGCAGCUCGCCCUGCUCCACACCAACUCCGCUGUCAGGACGUGCGGUUUCGACUUCAGCGGCAACAUCAUCAUGUUCUCCACAGACAAGCAGAUGGGUUACCAGUGCUACCUGAACUUCUUUGACCUGAGGGAUCCACAGCAGAUUGAGGACAACCAGCCCUACCUGUCGAUACCGUGCAGCGACCACAAAAUUACCAGCGCUGUGUGGGGACCUCUGGGAGAGUUUGUCAUUGCCGGCCAUGAGAACGGAGAGAUCAACCAGUUCAGCGCUAAGUCUGGAGAUAUCUUGAAGAAGGCCAAGGAGCACACCAAGCAGAUCAAUGACAUCCAGACAUCGGUGGACCUCACUAUGUUCAUCAGUGCCUCCAAGGACAACUCUGCCAAGCUGUUUGACUCGACUUCUCUGGAUCACAUCAAGACUUUCAAGACAGAGAGGCCCGUCAACUCAGCUGCCAUCUCCCCCAUCAUGGAUCAUGUGGUGAUGGGAGGCGGUCAGGAGGCCAUGGAGGUCACCACCACCUCCACCAGGAUCGGAAAGUUUGAGGCCAGAUUCUUCCACGCUGCCUAUGAAGAGGAGUUUGGAAGGGUCAAAGGUCAUUUCGGCCCCAUCAACUGUGUGGCAUUCCACCCUGAUGGCAAGAGUUACAGCAGUGGAGGAGAAGACGGAUACGUAAGGAUUCAUUACUUUGACCCGCAGUACUUUGACUUUGAAUUGGAGGCGUAAACCGCCAGGCUCCUUGACCCCGCAGCUUCAACGAAUAUCAAAUUCAAUCCAGUCAGGAAGAAGGAACAACAGACUAACGUGCAUUUACAGUCUCCUGACCACCUCGUCUUCUUCCCUUCAUCUGAACUGAUCUGAAGUCAGCGUGCAGGUCAGACUUUUAGAGGUCAGCUGCCAGUGUUUAAAUUCGGCCUGUAUACGUCUCACAGAUUACUUCAAAUAAAGGAAAAGUGGUCAGAAGAGGUGACUGCACCUCAGAGACCAGAGUGUGGUGUUUUUGUUUUUUCUAACAUCACUGGGAAACUGUCUUGGUGGGAUUUUUGUACCCUGGAUCUACAAAGCUAUCGUGACUGGAUUUAAAACCCACACUCACUGAUUCUCCAACUUUAUUUAAUCUGAUUCUACAAAUAAGUAGAAUUUGACUUGACUCUGUUGUAACCCAUUCCAUCAUCAUAAAAUUACUGAAUUAAAGUUGUGUGUGUCUGA